GAGAAACCUGACAAGCCAGAGAAACCAGAGAAACCUGACGAGCCAGAGAAACCAGAGAAACCUGACAAGCCAGAGAAACCCGACAAGCCAGAGAAACCAGACAAACCUGACAAGCCAGAGAAACCUGAAAAGCCAGAGAAACCAGAUAAACCUGAAAAGCCAGACAAACCUGAAAAGCCAGAGAAACCUGACAAGCCAGAGAAACCAGAGAAACCUGACGAGCCAGAGAAACCAGACAAACCUGACAAGCCAGACAAACCUGACAAGCCAGAGAAACCAAACAAACCUGACAAGCCAGAGAAACCUGACAAGCCGGAGAAACCAGAGAAACCUGACAAGCCAGAGAAACCUGACAAGCCGGAGAAACCAGACAAACCUGACAAACCAGACAAGCCAGAGAAACCCGACAAACCUGACAAGCCAGAGAAACCCGACAAACCUGACAAGCCAGAGAAACCAGAGAAACCUGAGAAGCCAGAUAAACCAGAGAAUCCAGACAAACCUGACAAGCCAGAGAAACCUGACAAGCCGGACAAACCAGACAAACCCGACAAGCCAGAGAAACCAGAGAAACCUGACAAGCCAGAGAAACCCGACAAGCCAGAGAAACCAGAGAAACCCGACAAGCCAGAGAAACCAGAGAAACCUGACAAGCCAGAGAAACCGGACAAGCCAGAGAAACCAGACAAACCAGAGAAACCCGACAAGCCAGAUAAACCAGAGAAACCUGACGAGCCAGAGAAACCAGACAAACCUGACAAGCCAGAGAAACCCGACAAGCCAGAGAAACCAGAGAAACCCGACAAGCCAGAGAAACCAGAGAAACCUGACAAGCCAGAGAAACCCGACAAGCCAGAGAAACCAGACAAACCAGAGAAACCAGAUAAACCUGAAAAGCCAGAGAAACCUGAAAAGCCAGACAAACCUGACAAGCCAGAGAAACCAGAGAAACCUGACGAGCCAGAGAAACCAGACAAACCUGACAAGCCAGAGAAACCAGAGAAACCUGACAAGCCAGAGAAACCCGACAAGCCAGAGAAACCAGACAAACCUGACAAGCCAGAGAAACCUGACAAGCCAGAGAAACCCGACAAACCUGAGAAACCCGACAAGCCAGAGAAACCAGAGAGACCUGACGAGCCAGAGAAACCAGACAAACCUGACAAGCCAGAGAAACCAGAGAAACCUGACAAGCCAGAGAAACCCGACAAGCCAGAGAAACCAGACAAACCUGACAAGCCAGAGAAACCUGAAAAGCCAGAGAAACCAGAGAAACCUGAAAAGCCAGAGAAACCAGAUAAACCUGAAAAGCCAGACAAACCUGAAAAGCCAGAGAAACCUGACAAGCCAGAGAAACCAGAGAAACCUGACGAGCCAGAGAAACCAGACAAACCUGACAAGCCAGACAAACCUGACAAGCCAGAGAAACCAGACAAACCUGACAAGCCAGAGAAACCUGACAAGCCGGAGAAACCAGAGAAACCUGACAAGCCAGAGAAACCCGACAAACCUGACAAGCCAGAGAAACCCGACAAACCUGACAAGCCAGAGAAACCAGAGAAACCUGAGAAGCCAGAUAAACCAGAGAAUCCAGACAAACCUGACAAGCCAGAGAAACCUGACAAGCCGGACAAACCAGACAAACCCGACAAGCCAGAGAAACCAGAGAAACCUGACAAGCCAGAGAAACCCGACAAGCCAGAGAAACCAGAGAAACCCGACAAGCCAGAGAAACCAGAGAAACCUGACAAGCCAGAGAAACCGGACAAGCCAGAGAAACCAGACAAACCAGAGAAACCCGACAAGCCAGAUAAACCAGAGAAACCUGACGAGCCAGAGAAACCAGACAAACCUGACAAGCCAGAGAAACCCGACAAGCCAGAGAAACCAGAGAAACCCGACAAGCCAGAGAAACCAGAGAAACCUGACAAGCCAGAGAAACCCGACAAGCCAGAGAAACCAGACAAACCAGAGAAACCAGAUAAACCUGAAAAGCCAGACAAACCUGAAAAGCCAGACAAACCUGACAAGCCAGAGAAACCAGAGAAACCUGACGAGCCAGAGAAACCAGACAAACCUGACAAGCCAGAGAAACCUGAAAAGCCAGAGAAACCAGAGAAACCUGACAAGCCAGAGAAACCCGACAAGCCAGAGAAACCAGACAAACCUGACAAGCCAGAGAAACCUGAAAAGCCAGAGAAACCAGAUAAACCUGAGAAGCCAGAUAAACCAGAGAAUCCAGACAAACCUGACAAGCCAGAGAAACCUGACAAGCCGGACAAACCAGACAAACCCGACAAGCCAGAGAAACCAGAGAAACCUGACAAGCCAGAGAAACCCGACAAGCCAGAGAAACCAGAGAAACCCGACAAGCCAGAGAAACCAGAGAAACCUGACAAGCCAGAGAAACCGGACAAGCCAGAGAAACCAGACAAACCAGAGAAACCCGACAAGCCAGAUAAACCAGAGAAACCUGACGAGCCAGAGAAACCAGACAAACCUGACAAGCCAGAGAAACCCGACAAGCCAGAGAAACCAGAGAAACCUGACAAGCCAGAGAAACCCGACAAGCCAGAGAAACCAGACAAACCAGAGAAACCAGAUAAACCUGAAAAGCCAGACAAACCUGAAAAGCCAGACAAACCUGACAAGCCAGAGAAACCAGAGAAACCUGACGAGCCAGAGAAACCAGACAAACCUGACAAGCCAGAGAAACCUGAAAAGCCAGAGAAACCAGAGAAACCUGACAAGCCAGAGAAACCCGACAAGCCAGAGAAACCAGACAAACCUGACAAGCCAGAGAAACCUGAAAAGCCAGAGAAACCAGAUAAACCUGAGAAGCCAGAUAAACCAGAGAAUCCAGACAAACCUGACAAGCCAGAGAAACCUGACAAGCCGGACAAACCAGACAAACCCGACAAGCCAGAGAAACCAGAGAAACCUGACAAGCCAGAGAAACCCGACAAGCCAGAGAAACCAGAGAAACCCGACAAGCCAGAGAAACCAGAGAAACCUGACAAGCCAGAGAAACCCGACAAGCCAGAGAAACCAGAGAAACCAGAGAAACCUGACGAGCCAGAGAAACCAGACAAACCUGACAAGCCAGAGAAACCCGACAAGCCAGAGAAACCAGAGAAACCCGACAAGCCAGAGAAACCAGAGAAACCUGACAAGCCAGAGAAACCCGACAAGCCAGAGAAACCAGACAAACCAGAGAAACCAGAUAAACCUGAAAAGCCAGACAAACCUGAAAAGCCAGACAAACCUGACAAUCCAGAGAAACCAGAGAAACCUGACGAGCCAGAGAAACCAGACAAACCUGACAAGCCAGAGAAACCUGAAAAGCCAGAGAAACCAGAGAAACCUGACAAGCCAGAGAAACCCGACAAGCCAGAGAAACCAGACAAACCUGACAAGCCAGAGAAACCUGAAAAGCCAGAGAAACCAGAUAAACCUGAAAAGCCAGACAAACCUGAAAAGCCAGAGAAACCUGACAAGCCAGAGAAACCAGAGAAACCUGACAAGCCUGAGAAACCAGAGAAACCUGACAAGCCAGAGAAACCUGACAAACCUGACAAGCCAGAGAAACCAGAGAAACCUGACAAGCCUGAGAAACCAGAUAAACCUGGCAAACCAGAUAAACCUGAGGAGCCAGAAGAACCAAAAGAACCAGAGGAGCCAGAAGUACCAGAGCAUCCUCAGGAGCCAGAAGAACAAGAGGAGCCAGAAGAACCGAAAAAACCAGAGAAUCCUGAGGAGCCUGAACAACCGAAAGAACCAGAGAAUCCUGAGGAGCCAAAAGAACCAGAGGAUCCCGAAGAACCAGAGAAUCCUGAGGAACCAAAAGAACCAGAGCAGCCAGAAGAACCAGAGAAUCCUGAGGUUCCAGAAGAACCAAAAGAACCAGAGAAUCCUGAGGAACCAAAAGAACCAGAGCAGCCAGAAGAACCAGAGAAUCCUGAGGUUCCAGAAGAACCAAAAGAACCAGAGAAUCCUGAGGAGCCAAAAGAUCCAGAGAAUCCUGAGGAGCCUGAAGAACCGAAAGAACCAGAGAAUCCUGAGGAGCCAAAAGAACCAGAGGUUCCAGAAGAACCAGAGAAUCCAGAAGAACCAGAGAAUCCAGAGGAGCCAGAAGAACCAAAAGAACCAGAGAAUCCUGAGGAGCCAAAAGAUCCAGAGAAUCCUGAGGAGCCUGAAGAACCGAAAGAACCAGAGAAUCCUGAGGAGCCAAAAGAACCAGAGGUUCCAGAAGAACCAGAGAAUCCUGAGGAGCCAAAAGAUCCAGAGAAUCCUGAGGAGCCUGAAGAACCGAAAGAACCAGAGAAUCCUGAGGAGCCAAAAGAACCAGAGGAUCCAGAACAACCAGAGAAUCCUGAGGAGCCAAAAGAACCAGAGGAUCCAGAAGAACCAGAGAAUCCUGAGGAGCCAAAAGAACCAGAGGAUCCAGAAGAACCAGAGAAUCCUGAGGUUCCAGAAGAACCAGAGAAUCCUGAAGAACCAGAGAAUCCUGAGGAGCCAGAGAAACCUGACAAGCCAGAGAAACCUGAAAAGCCAGAGAAACCAGAGAAACCUGACAAGCCAGAGAAGCCAGAGAAACCUGACAAGCCAGACAAACCAGACAAGCCAGAGAAACCUGAGAAGCCAGACAAACCAGACAAGCCAGACAAGCCAGAGAAACCUGACAAACCUGACAAACCUGACAAGCCAGAAAAACCUAAGAAGCCAGAGAAACCCGAAAAAUGCAAACACAAGGGUGGCAGACCAGAAUGCAAGGGAUAUGGUUGCACUCAAAAACCAGAAUGUUGGACAGAAUGGUUUGACAGUGAUGACCCAACUGGAACAGGAGAUUUCGAGUUACUUGACAGUCUCUACAAAGAAAACAUUGGAAAGAUCUGCAAUAGUCCACUUGAUAUUGAGGUCCAAACUACAUCCGGACUAAGUGUAGCUGAAACAGGGGAUGUCAUUAGUGUUUCUGAACCAACUGUCGGAUUCAUCUGUAAAAACUCUGACCAGAAGGACUGCGAUUGUCAUGAUUAUCGUGUUCGUUUCUUGUGUCCCGCUGACUUCUGUAGCCAAAAAGUGUGCUGGACCAAAUGGUAUAACGGAGAUAGUCCCAAUGGAAUUGGGGACUGGGAGCUCCUGUGUAACCUGAGGAAGGCGAAUCCAGGAGAAAUCUGUAAAAGCCCUCUCUACAUAGAUGUUGUUACCAGUGACACGAAAACUCCAGCCACCUCCACUGGACAGACAGCCCUUAUCUUCAGCCCAACUACAGGGUUCGUCUGUCGCAACAGGGACCAGAAGGGUGCCAGGUGCCGUGACUAUGAAGUACGCUUCGGGUGCGCAUGCUAGUCUGACAACCGACUCCGUAAACACUGAAAAGGAAACAUUUUUAAUUAACUUAUUUUCUUCUUGCACUUUUUAAAUGUAUUUAUGAACUUCUGCUAAAUUAUAUUUAAAACGAAAUUGUAUUUCAAUUAUCAGGGUGUUUUGCAUUGUUUGCACAGGUGCACUAAAAUUUUUCAAUGCACCGCCGACUGUCAGUCACCCUAUGCGCCACACUCUAAAGCCUGAGUAUAUGCAUAUUGAAGAUAUUUAACGUGUGUGUGUGUGUGUGUGUGUGUGUAUGUAUGUAUGGCACUAAAUUGUUUCAGUCUGAACCAAAGUGGUGAACUGAUUAAGAUCAUCUUUUUAGCUCUAAACCGAGAAUUUCAGGUUGGGAAACACUUCAUUUAAAGAAGAUAACUCUAUCAUGUUUUUAAAUCCAAAUAUGCUUUGCUUUCCUGUUUGUGUAUAUGUCACUUUGAUCAUGUUCACACUAUAGACAGGUAUUCUGCUCUUAUCACUAUUAUGCAUUAUAAAAAUAAAA